UACAACACUAGCUUAACGUUUAGUUUAUGUAUUAAAUAGUGUUAACUAUUAGUAUUCCAAACAAUACGCUAGUGUUGUAUGUGUUGUUUGUUUUGACACACGUUUUGUUUAUUAUUAUUACUAUUUUGUUGACCACUGUAUAGUAGCCGCCGAUUAGUCUCCCGUAUUAUUAUUACCGUUUAGUGGACAGUCCUCUCACUGACCUACCGGUGCGUCCAUUACAAAGAUGGCUAUGCAAGCGCUGCAAAAGAAGUCUAACGUUCGGCUGCCGCCCGAAGUCAAUCGUAUACUAUACGUCCGAAACUUGCCGUACAAGAUUACCGGCGAAGAAAUGUACGAUAUUUUCGGCAAAUUCGGUGCCAUUCGUCAGAUAAGACUCGGUAAUACACAGGAAACAAAAGGUACGGCAUUUGUUGUCUAUGAAGAUAUCUUCGACGCCAAGAAUGCUUGCGACCACUUAUCCGGGUUUAAUGUCUGCAAUAGAUAUCUGGUUGUACUCUACUAUCAGACCAAUCGGGCGUUCAAACAGCUAAACACCGACAAAAAGUUUGAAGAGAUGGAAGAAGUGAAGAAAAAAUUUAAUGUCACCUAAAAAUUAUUAUUAGUUUUUUAAUACCACUCUUUCAUUGAUCGAUAUUAUUAUAUCACAACAAUUGGUCCACCAAUUGAUGAAUUAAUGUGUGUGUCUACAAGAAACACAUCCAUUGACAACAA